UGCCUGGCAGAUUUACGAAUCACCGAUCCCCGCGAUGACAAAACGCGCAUUGAAGAGACCAAAGGUAACCUGCUUAAGGACUCGUACUGCUGGAUCUUGGAACAUGCCGACUUUCAGACGUGGCGUAACGAUCCGCAGUGUCGGCUACUCUGGAUUACAGGGGACCCUGGCAAGGGAAAGACUAUGCUGCUAUGCGGUAUUAUCAACGAACUAGAGGAGUUCGCAGCAUAUCACCUAUCAUACUUCUUUUGCCAGGCAACUGAAACAGGACUACAAAGUGCGACGGCUGUGCUGCGGGGGCUUAUCUACAGCCUCGUUAUUCAACAACCAUCUCUUAUCUCUCAUGUGCAGGAGAAGCACGGUCCCGCAGGCAAAGCGCUGUUUGAAGAUAGGAAUGCCUGGACAGCUCUAUCUAAGAUAUUAAAGUCGAUACUUAAUGAUCCUAGUCUUAAAGAUGUGGUCUUGCUUAUCGACGCUCUCGAUGAGUGUACAGAAGAACUUCCACGCCUUCUUCACCUUAUUAAGGAGAUUUCCUCGGCCUCCUACGCUAAGUGGAUUGUGUCAAGUCGCAACUGGCCUAUCAUCGAGUAUGAAUUUGAAAAUUUUAAGCAAAGUAUCAGACUACGCCUCGAGUCGAAUGAAGCUUACGUCUCUGCUGCUGUUCAAAAUUAUAUCCAUUACAAGGUAAACCUUUUGGCGCAAAAGCACGGAUAUACUGAUAUUAUACGAGAAACCACCGAACAACACUUAGUUUCUCAAGCCAACAAUACAUUUCUUUGGGCAGCCUUAGUGUGUCAGAGUCUUAAUAAUAUCAGAAGUGGGAGGGUACUCGACAAGCUUCAAUCUUACCCACAAGGUCUUAAUUCUCUCUAUGAGAGGAUGGUAGACCAGAUACUCAAAUUGGUCGAAGAUUAUGAUGUGCUUCUCUGCAAGCAAGUCCUCACUAUGGUAUCGACUGUCUACCGGCCAGUUACUUUACAUGAACUUCAUUCUCUUAUUGGAUACCCUAAGGAAUUUUCAGAAGACAUCUCGUCAUUUGCAGAAAUAAUACGUCUCUGCGGUUCAUUUCUCACCAUCCGUGGCAAUACGAUCUAUUUUGUGCAUCAAUCAGCAAAAGAUUACUUAACUACAGACAAGGUCUGGUCUACUAUCUCCGCAUCUAGCCCAAGCGAUAUUCAUUAUACUAUUUUUUCUCAAUCGCUCCAAUCUAUGUAUAACACGUUACGACGUGAUAUAUACUGCUUGGGCACUCCUGGAUAUCACGUCGACGAAAUCCAACUAUAUAACCCAGAUCCCCUAAUCGCGGUACGGUACUCGUGUGUCUACUGGAUUGACCACCUCUGUGACUGCGAUAUUGGCCAUAAUCCGAGGGAUGCUCUCCAAGUAGGAGGCUUAGUUGAUAUGUUCCUGCGCCAUCAUUUUCUCCACUGGCUAGAGGCGUUAAGUCUUCUGCGAUAUAUGCCAGAAGGCAUCCUUGCAAUAGCAAGGAUUACAGACCUACUUGAGGCUAGUUUCCACAAUCAGAUUCACCAAGUUUUAAGUUUGGUACAAGAUGCCGGACGAUUUAUUUCUCGGCAUAUAGAGGCGAUUGAAUCUACGCCCCUCCAAGUAUACGUGUCUGCUCUUAUCUUCAGCCCUCUACAGAGUGAAAUACGAAAAAUAUUCAAGGAUGAAGAGCCGUCAUGGAUGCUAUUAAAGCCAGCUGUAGAAGCAGGCUGGGGUCCCUGUCUGCGGACUCUUGAGGGCCAUUACGACUCGGUAAACUCAGUUGUCUUCUCACCUGAUGGCCAGCAGCUUGCUUCAGGCUCAAGGAAUGGUAUAGUCAGGGUCUGUGCUGCAAAAUCAGGCUCCUGUAUACAGCCCCUUGAGUGCGAUAACUCAGUAUUAUCAGUUGCCUUCUCACCUGAUGGCCAGCAAUUUGCCUCAGGUUCAGCGGAUGGUAUAGUUAAGGUCUGGGAUAUAAAGUCCACCUACCUGCAGACUCUUGAGGGUCAUACUAACCCAGUAUUAUCAGUCAUUUUCUUACCUGAUAACCAGCAGCUUGCUUCAGGUUCAUCUGAUGAUACAAUUAAAGUUUGGGAUAUAAAAUUAGGUAUCUGUCUGCGGACUCUUAAAGGCCAUGAUAACUCGAUACAUUCAGUUAGUGCCUGCCCUAAUAGCCGGCGACUUGCCUCAGGUUCAUCUGAUCAGACAAUUAAGAUCUGGGAUAUAAAGUUAGGCACCUGUCUGCAGACUCUUAUGGACCAUGAUGGUCCGGUAUUGUCAGUUGCCUACUCACCUGAUGGCCAGCAGCUCGUCUCAGGCUCAGAGGAUGAUACAGUUCGAGUCUGGGAUGCAGAGUUAGGCGCCUGUCUGCACAUUCUUAAGGGCCAUACUCUCUGGGUAAAGUCAGUUGUCUUCUCACCUGAUGGCAAGCAGCUCGCCUCAGGUUCAGAGGAUACUACAGUCCGAGUCUGGGAUAUAAAGUCAGCCGCCGAUCUACAAACCCUAGAGUGCGAUGAGGACGACGUAUUUUCAGUUAUUUUCUCACCUAAUGGCCAGCUGCUUGCCUCAAGUUCAUAUGAUGAUACAAUUAGGAUCUGGGAUGUAAAGUCAGGCUCCUGUCAGCAGAUCCUUGAGGGCCUUGAUUACUUAAAGAACUUAGCUGUCUUCUCACAUGAUAGUCAGCGGCUCGCCUCAGGCUCAGAUGAUGGGACAAUUAAAGUCUGGGAUGUAAAGUCAGGCAAUUGUCUUCAGACUUUUCCUGAUAGUUGGCCUGGUGGAGAUAUAGCAUUCGACGCAACAGAUGACUCGCAUCUUAUUACUGAUCUUGGAGUCCUAAAAAUUAACGCCCCUAUUAUAAAGACACCACCCGACGUAUUAUCAGGGGAUACAGACUUUCAUCACUAUAGCAUAAACUCUAAUGGAACAUGGAUUACAAAAGAUGAUGAGCCUCUGGUUUGGUUGCCUCAAGAGUAUCGAUCAGAUGCAUCAGCUGUGUUUGGGGCUACAGUUGCCAUUGGGUGUAUAUCAGAUCGGGUACUAGUAAUGCGGUUUUCU